AGAUUUUGUGUUCAGUUCGGUCCAAAACUCCAAGUCGUCGCUGUUUGUUUCUGAGACACCGAAUAAAAAUUUCUCAUGCCUUCCUACCCCACAUAGGAAUCUUUCCAACGCAUCCCUCUACCUUUUGCUUGACUCCUCUCUCUCCGCUCACCACCGAAUACCGACCGCCGGAUUUCUGACUAUAGGCCGAACCAAUGGCGGACCACCACCACCACCACCUGCAGGCGUUCUUGGACGAGACCUCACUCUACAACCGCAUUGUCUUGGGACACCUCUUGCCGUCGGCAUGGUGGGACCCUCUCCCUCACGUCAUCCAGACCUGGCUUCGCAACUGCAUUGCCGGAACCUUGCUCUACUUCAUCUCCGGCUUCCUCUGGUGCUUCUACAUUUACUACUGGAAGUAUAACGUUUAUGUGCCCAAAGAUGCCGUUCCUACAAGAAAAGCCAUGCUCUUACAAAUAUAUGUCGCUAUGAAGGCCAUGCCGUGGUACUGCACUCUUCCAACUCUUUCUGAGUACAUGAUCGAAAAUGGCUGGACAAGGUGCUACUCUAGUAUAAGUGAUGUUGGUUUGCCUCUCUUUUUAGUGCAAUUAGCUCUUUAUCUUGUACUUGUGGAGUUUGGGAUUUACUGGAUGCACCGAGAAUUGCAUGACAUUAAACCUUUGUACAAGUAUCUCCAUGCAACCCAUCACAUCUACAACAAGCAGAAUACUCUUUCUCCAUUUGCAGGUUUGGCAUUUCACCCCUUGGAUGGAAUACUUCAGGCAGUGCCACAUGUCAUAGCAUUAUUCAUUGUGCCAACCCACUUCAGAUCUCACAUUGCACUCUUAUUCUUUGAGGCCAUAUGGACAGCUAACAUUCAUGAUUGCAUCCAUGCCAAGAUAUGGCCAGUCAUGGGUGCUGGCUACCAUACAAUUCACCACACUACAUACCGUCAUAACUAUGGCCACUAUACCAUCUGGAUGGACUGGAUGCUUGGAACACUUCGUGACCCUGCUAAUGAUUCAUAUGAAAAAGAAAUGUGAUUGCCAGGCUUGCCUGGUCUUAGAAUUUUCUUUGUUCUUGUUGGUUAGGUUUGCAUGUAGAUCACCCCAUGGUUUGGUCAUCUUUGCACGUAAAUUACACCUGUAGCUUGGUUACUCAAGUACCUUUCAACUAGAAUAUUUGUACCUGAUAGGGAAGCUGUCUCAGUUUUAAAUUGGGUCCUAUUUCCCUUGUAUUUAUAUCCUAAGCCCCAUAUAAUC